AGUUGGAGAGACAGUACCAGUACCUGACGCAACAGCAUCAUGAGUUGGCAAAGCUCCGCCGCAUAGUGCAGAACCACGAGGAUGCAACUCGGGCACUCAAUGCCCGAUUGCUGGACCUGGAACAGGCUGUACCAGGACCAGCUGCUGGGGCUUCCAGCAGUGCACCCUCUAGCCGCCAACUGGAGGACCGCGUUGACCACGUAGUGGCAAUGCUGGACGACAUCAGCACUUUCGCUGCGCCGACCACCACCAUCAGCAGUCAGCUGCAUACAUUGAAGAUGGAGGUCCAGCAGUUGCAGUCGACGAACGCGGACGACUAUCCAAAGAUGUACAAGAUGCCAACUUUCAACCUGGAGAGGUUCGACGACUACACGCAGCAGGAUCCGGUCCUCUGGUGGGAAGCAUUCAGAACGCAACUCAGGAUUCUGCCCGUAGCCAAGCAUGCGUACAUCGACGCCCUGUUCCUGAACUCAAAGGGCGGAUGCCAGACCUGGUUGAGCCACCUGGCAACCUCCAUGGGAGGAACUGACACGGCGGAAGCGGUUCAUCGUCGACGACGCGCCGGCACUCGCCAUCAACCGUCUUGUGCUGCAUUGAGCCAGGCCCUUGGUGAUCGCGAGCAGUACUCCACUUUCGCCGAGAUUAUCGACAAGGCGAGAGGGAUCAUCAAGACCAACAGGUCAGCUGCACACGAGAAAUCAACAUGGCAACCGACCUAUGUGGAGAAGGUACGAACUGGUCCGCGACAGCAGCACUUCGCUGCAGUCCAGCAGGACAGUGGAGAUAACCCAGCAGCCACUCCAACAUCAGGUGACGGAGAUCAGGUGGCUGCUGUCCAGCCGCAAAGCAACAACAAGUCCCGCAACAAUGGGAAGGCGAAACCAGCAUCGCAGGCCGGAAAUGGACAGCUUCCAUGGGUCAAGUUCGGCUUGACCGAGGCGGAGUACAAGGUCCGCGGCCGCUACGGCAGCUGCUAUUGGUGCAACAGCACCAAGCACAAGRCCUCCCUGUGCCAGGAUCAGGGCAAGGAGGAUGUGCGACCCCGCCUCAGCUCGGGAAACUGAGCUCCGCGGAAG